AUGAAAAGCUGCUUCCGUGCCCUUCGCCAUCCCGAAAAGUGGACCAGCGCUCUCCCACUCAUCCUGCUGCACGUUCGAGCAUGCCUCAAGCCGGACCUGAGCUACUCCGCCGCCAAGCUCGUUUUCGGCACGCCCCUACGCCUUCCGGCCGACCUCGUCACCCAGCAACCUCCCACUUCCUCUGAAACCCAGCCACAAGCCACUCUGAGCGCUCUCGCCGAUGCCGCGCACGUUUUCCUCCGGGCUCCAACCCCUCGCAAGUCCCUAGACCCCCCCUACACAGGACCCUACCAUGUCAUCUCCCGGUCCGAGAAGACCAUGGUGCUUGACAUAGGCGGCCGCCAGGACACAGUUUCGGUGGACCACGUCAAGCCGGCCUUCGUGGAAAACGAAGACUUCCCCCUUGCCCUCCAGACCGUCGCCAUUCCGCCUUCUUCCCCUAAGCCCAAGCGCGUCUCCUGGGGACCAGCUCCAUCAAUGCGCCUCCGUCUGACGGUGGGGGGACGGCACAUCUGA